UGUGGAGUCGAGAUGAGUUUGUUGACAUCGGUGGUGGUGGUGGUGGUGGUGCUGGCGGAGGCGCAGGCGAAGGAAAGUAUGGCGGUGGGUCCUCUAGGGGCGUCCUCCAGGGGCGUGGCGCUGCAGGAUGACUUGUUGACCCCCGAGUGGUUGCAGAACAUCCCAGCGGAGAGCAAGAUCGCCAAGUACAGGAAGAGAAGGUUCAUUAACUUCCCCACUGGAUCAAAACUUGAGCUGGAGAUAGUACUGACGGUGCCGACGGAGGGAUUAAGUGACUCCGGGACCAUAGUGGUGGAGAACGAUUUAGUAUUCAACCUUCCUAACUCCUCCCACGUUCACUACUACACUGGGCGCUCUCUGGAACCCGGCCCGCAGCGACUUGACCUUUUCUCCCGCGUUGAGGACUUUCUGAAGGGGUGGGGCUUUGACGGCCACGUCUGCACGCUGAAGGCGAUCUGCGAGGUUGCCGAGCUGCCCUUCGACCACGGCCUGCUGGGGGAGGUGGUCAACUUGGUGCUCAGAGCUAUGGGCGCCUCCCACAAUGACAUAGAGGGCGUGGAGGAGGUGCCGGAGGAUGAGUACGCCCUUGCCUACUAUUAUGGGCGCCACCACGGGUCCUGCGCAGCCCUCUACCCAGAAUGCCCCAUCUCCGUCGCCAAUAUUGUGUCAAAGGUCAUGCCUGUUUAAUGCUCUCUCUCUCUCUCUCUCUCUCUCUCUCUCUCUCUCUCUCU